UAUCGGGUACAGGUUCUCACGCAUUGUAGUCCGGUGGGACAAUGAGCUAUGACUACCAUCAGAGCUGGGGCCGCGAUGGUGGGCCCCGCAGCUCCGGUGGGGGCUGUGGAGGAAGUCAUGGAGGGGGCCAUGGAGGGAACCGAGGCUCCGGAGGCGGUGGCGGAGGAGGAGGCGGUGGUCGAGGAGGCCGGGGCCGACAUCCCGGGCACCUGAAAGGCCGCGAAAUCGGCUUGUGGUACGCGAAGAAACAGGGGCAGAAGAACAAGGAAGCCGAGAGGCAGGAGAGAGCUGUAGUACACAUGGAUGAACAUCGAGAAGAACAAAUUGUGCAGCUCCUACAUUCUGUCCAAGCUAAGAAUGAUAAAGAUUCAGAAUCACAAAUAUCCUGGUUUGCUCCGGAAGAUCAUGGGUAUGGUACCGAAGCUCCUGCUGAGAACAAACCAAACUCAGAGAAGAAAUUUGAGGACCAGGAAAAAAAAUUGAUAAAUCAAGAAAAAAGGACAUUUAGAAUCAGGGACAAAUAUAUUGACCGAGAUUCUGAGUAUCUCUUGCAAGAAAAUAAACCAGAUGUAACUUUAGACCAACAGUUACUGGAAGAUUUGCAAAAGAAAAAAACUGACCCUCGGUAUAUUGAAAUGCAGCAUUUCAGGGAAAAGCUGCCUUCAUUUGGAAUGCAAAAGGAAUUGGUAAAUAUGAUCGAUAAUAAUCAGGUGACAGUAAUAAGUGGUGAAACUGGUUGUGGAAAAACCACUCAAGUAACUCAGUUCAUUUUGGAUAAUUACAUCGAAAGAGGAAAAGGAUCUGCGUGCAGGAUAGUUUGUACUCAGCCAAGAAGAAUUAGUGCCAUUUCAGUUGCAGAGAGAGUGGCUGCAGAAAGGGCAGAAUCUUGUGGCAAUGGUAAUAGUACUGGAUACCAAAUUCGUCUGCAGAGCCGGCUGCCAAGGAAACAGGGUUCUAUAUUAUACUGUACGACAGGAAUCAUCCUUCAGUGGCUCCAGUCAGACUCGCAUUUGUCCAGUGUUAGUCAUAUUGUGCUUGAUGAAAUCCAUGAGAGAAAUCUGCAGUCAGAUGUUUUAAUGACUGUUGUUAAAGACCUUCUAAGUUAUCGGCCUGAUCUGAAGGUAAUAUUGAUGAGUGCAACAUUGAAUGCUGAGAAAUUUUCAGAAUAUUUUGGUAACUGUCCAAUGAUACAUAUACCUGGUUUUACUUUUCCGGUUGUGGAGUAUCUUUUGGAAGAUAUAAUUGAAAAAAUAAGAUAUGUUCCAGAACAAAAAGAACACAGAUCCCAGUUUAAGAGGAGUUUCAUGCAAGGGCAUGUAAAUAGACAAGAAAAAGAAGAAAAAGAAGCAAUUUAUAAAGAACGCUGGCCAGAUUAUAUAAGGGAGCUGCAGAAGAGGUAUUCUGCAAGUACUGUAGAUGUUAUAAAAAUGGUGGAUGAUGAUAAAGUUGAUCUGAAUUUGAUUGCUGCCCUUAUUCGAUACAUUGUUUUGGAAGAAGAGGAUGGUGCAAUAUUGGUCUUCCUUCCAGGCUGGGACAAUAUCAGCACUUUACAUGAUCUCUUGAUGUCACAAGUGAUGUUUAAAUCAGACAAGUUUCUUAUUAUACCUUUACAUUCACUGAUGCCUACAGUUAACCAGACACAGGUAUUUAAAAGAACCCCUCCUGGUGUUCGGAAAAUAGUAAUUGCUACGAACAUUGCAGAGACUAGCAUAACCAUAGAUGAUGUAGUUUACGUGAUAGAUGGAGGAAAAAUAAAGGAGACACACUUUGACACCCAGAACAACAUCAGCACAAUGUCUGCUGAGUGGGUCAGUAAAGCUAAUGCCAAACAAAGGAAAGGUCGAGCUGGAAGAGUUCAGCCUGGCCAUUGCUAUCACCUGUAUAAUGGUCUUCGAGCAAGCCUUCUAGAUGACUAUCAACUGCCAGAGAUCUUGAGAACUCCUCUGGAAGAACUUUGUUUACAAAUAAAGAUCUUAAGGCUUGGCGGAAUCGCUCAUUUUCUGAGUAGGUUAAUGGAUCCACCAUCAAAUGAAGCGGUGUCACUCUCCAUAAAGCACCUGAUGGAACUGAAUGCUCUGGAUAAACAAGAAGAAUUGACACCUCUUGGAGUCCAUUUAGCACGAUUACCAGUUGAGCCACACAUUGGAAAGAUGAUUCUUUUUGGGGCUCUGUUCUGUUGUUUAGACCCAGUACUUACCAUCGCUGCGAGUCUCAGCUUCAAGGAUCCCUUUGUGAUCCCAUUGGGGAAAGAAAAGGUCGCAGAUGCAAGAAGAAAGGAAUUGGCAAAGGAUUCUAAAAGUGACCACCUGACAGUUGUGAAUGCAUUUGAGGGAUGGGAAGAAGCUAGACGACGUGGUUUCAGAUAUGAAAAAGACUAUUGCUGGGAGUAUUUUCUGUCUUCAAAUACGUUGCAGAUGCUGCAUAACAUGAAAGGGCAGUUUGCUGAGCAUCUUCUUGGAGCUGGAUUUGUAAGCAGUAGAAAUCCCAAAGAUCCGAAAUCUAAUAUAAAUUCAGAUAAUGAGAAGAUAAUUAAAGCUGUCAUCUGUGCUGGUUUAUAUCCCAAAGUUGCUAAAAUACGACUAAAUUUGGGUAAAAAAAGAAAAAUGUUGAAAGUUUACACAAAAACUGAUGGACUGGUUGCUAUUCACCCUAAGUCUGUUAAUGUGGAGCAAACAGAUUUUCACUAUAACUGGCUUAUCUAUCACCUAAAGAUGAGAACAAGUAGUAUAUACUUGUAUGACUGCACAGAAGUUUCCCCAUACUGUCUCUUGUUCUUUGGAGGCGAUAUUUCCAUCCAGAAGGAUAAUGAUCAGGAAACUAUUGCUGUUGAUGAGUGGAUUGUCUUUCAGUCUCCAGCCAGAAUUGCCCAUCUUGUUAAGGAAUUAAGGAAGGAAUUAGAUACCCUUCUGCAAGAGAAGAUCGAAAGUCCCCAUCCUGUUGACUGGAAGGACACGAAAUCCAGAGACUGUGCAGUCCUCUCAGCCAUCAUAGACUUGAUCAAAACACAGGAAAAAGCCACUCCCAGGAACUUGCCGCCACGAUUCCAGGAUGGAUAUUAUAGCUGACAGCUUUUCUGUGGUGGUCUGAAAGCCCGUUUGACAGACAUUUUCCAGCAUAGCUUAAUUUUUAGCUAAAUGCCAAACCCUGGGACAUGAAUAAUUUUCGUGUGUAAGGCAGAGACCUUCAGUAGGUAGUAAAGACUUACUGUGCAUGAGUUAGCAGUGUUACCUGUAGCUAUUACAAAUAUACCGUGAAAAGCAAUGUGUUCUCUGAUCAUAUACUCUGUUGUGGUCCUGUCCACACUUGGGGAGUAUUUCUGUUAUACGGAUUGAGUGUCGUACCACUUGAGAAAUUCCUUUGUUUUGUUAUAAGAAAUUAAUUUUUCUGCCCAUAAUGACUGAGUAAAGAACCAGUAAAAGUAGAAUACUUAGGCAAAAAGCAGUGUCAAGUAGGAAUUUGAACAGAGCCACAUUUUUUAAAUGAAACUUCUAUCAGAAGUUCAUUUGUUCUAGUAAAACCCAGUAUUUAAUAAAAUGUACAGUGUGUAAAUCUCAGCUAACUUUUUGGCUUGGUUUCUACAUCUCUAUCGCUCCGUUGGUUUAUUUGGUUUUUUAAAAAAAUCAUCUUAGAAUAUAUCCAUUCCCGUUUUACAUCGUGUUGGGCAGCAUAAUGUAGCAAUUGAGAACGUGAGUCUGGAGUCUGACUACCUAAUUCAGAUUUCAGCUCUCACUCACUAGACGUUUUGGGCAUGUUACUUUGCCUCUGUUUUCUUUAUCUGUAAAAUACAGGUAACAGUUGUAAGGACUAAAUAUAUUAACGUACACAAAGGGCAUAGACCAGUGCCUGGCAUGUAGAGUAUACCCACUGAAUCUUAGGUAUUAUUUGUCCCUGAAAUAUUUUUUUAAUAAUAGUCCAUUAUAUUAUACUAUCCUUAGUACUCUGAGUGCUCUUUUUUUACCCUCUCGGCCAGUGGAAGUUAGUGUGACGUGUACUGUGUGUGUUCGGCCCUAUCUGGUUGUGAUGGAUACUGGUUAUUAUCCAGCACCGUCUUGUCCCUCCCUUCUUGCUUGUUCAAGUGCUCCCCGGCUCUGUGCAGCCUUGUACCCAAGGAAGUUGGUCCUUGCGUGGUCUUACUCCCCAUAUAAGGAAACUGGUAAGGCAUGACUGUGGGAACUUAUCCUGGCCAAUGGCAACUGAAAAGAGAUCUGCCAGGGGCAUUUGAGAAAGAUGGGCAUCUGAGAAAGAUUUUCUCCACUAACAGAAGAGGAAAUUCUCUCCUUCUUCGGAGACUGUCUUGUCUGAAUCAGAACUGCUCUCGCCAUUUUAUGGUCAUUAAGGUUAGCUCAGUGGGAUGAUGGUGAAAAUCAUCAGUCCCUGAUAAUGCUGAACUGCUGAAUUAUCCAAACUGCCUGUCCUAUAUGCACGGACCUUUCAUCACUGAGCACUGUCUGCGGUGCGUUUUCUACUGUCCGUUUUGUGAUUUAACAGUUUGAUCCAUAUGUUUGAUAAAAGACAAAGUACUGGACAUACUGGAAAAAGAAACAUAACAAGACCAACCUGCUAUACCCUAAAAGCUACAAAUUUGAUUGUGCCUUCCAAACAAUGCAGAGAAACCAAAGGAAAAGAGUAUCUUACAAUGACUGGGAUGUAUCGAUAAUGCCAUAAUGACCUGUUAACAUCGGUGGUUCAGAUACUUAUCCAUUUCUGGGAACGUGUGUCACCCUACCAUUGCCUUCCAAGGUUUUGAAUGUCCUGUGUGUCCUAAGUCCAUUCUCUUGGCAAGUCUCUCAAAAGUGACGUGUCUCACUGAAUUCUUACACUGAGUUAUGUCACAAUAUUGUAGCACGUUGUUAGUUUUGCCCCUGAACUUGAGAUGAGGUAACCAUUUGGUCCUUGUUCUAAAGAGUGUGACUGGUUUUUGUUUUUUUGCGUUUUUUUGUUUGUUUGUUUGUUUGUUUGUUUUGCCUUUUACUAUACAUAGUUGGCCAAAAUGGUCUUGGCAGAAAGCAUUUUUAAAAAUUUCUUUUGAAAAGAAUACUAGUUAAUUAGACCCAUGUUUGCAAACCAGUAUUUAGUCGUCUUAUAAAUGAGGAAAAUGUUCCUGAUGAAUGUAAUAGGUGAGCUAUUUAAAGAGAUUUAAGUGGUUAUCACCCUCAAUUUCUGUCUUCUCUGCAGCUAAUCAGGAAGGAAGUUUUAUUUGAAGGUGCUAUUUUUGUUCUCUUGUUUACAAAAUAACAUGUUAACUGGGUUGAAAAUGUAUUGCAGGUCUGAGAACUAUUUGUCAUUUGGUAGUGUUAAAAGAAUAAGGCAUUAAAGAAGAAAAUCUAUUUGCGUUACCAUUUUGAGUGAUCCAAGGAUAAUUCUUAAAUAACCCUGAAACAGAAACUUAUGGGGGGGGGGGGGAUGGUUAACAAGUAAACAAAAAACUGCAUAAUCAUUAAAAAGUGUCUGAAGAGUGAGUCCAUGUGACACCUUCCAACCCCAUUAACUAGGGCAAAGCUCUAGAUUUAUUUAUACCAGCGAUCUUCAGCCUUCUUCAUUUCAUGGCACAUGUAAACUAUUAAAAUUCUGCACACACCAAAAAAAUGCUCUUUUUAAUCAACUGACAAAAAAAAAAACAACAGGUACAAUUUUGAUUCAUUCACAUUGACAGCUAUUGUGUUUGCUGUUGUCUUUUUUUUGUUUUUGUUUUUAACUUUACAGUCCAAGGGAAAAGAUGUCAGUGCUCCCGACUAAGUAGGUAAUUAGGAGUUUUAAAAAAUUUUGCGGCACACCGGUUGAAAAUCACUGAUUUAUACCAAUUAUUGGAAGUGAUUUUCUCUUACUGAACUGCAUUUUUAGAACAAAGUCCACCCUAAAAGUUAGAAAAUAAAAGCUUUAGAAGGGAUUUAUUUUAGUACCCUCUUACCCAAAGUAUGGUAAUUUUUCUUCCACUUUUUAGCUCUGAGUUCAUACACAUUUCUAAGUAAUAGCGAUCAUGUAGUAGAAUCAUAUUUAUAUGUUAAUAGUUUGUGUCAUUUUUCUGAUUUCAAAACAAUACAUUCUGAUUAUAGGCUAUUUAGAAAUUUAACAAGCAUUUUACCCAUUUUGAUAUAUUUACAUGCUCUUUUUAAGUGUUAAGGUAUUUUAUAUAUAUAUUCAAGUUAGCCAAUUUAAGUGUGUAAGUCUAUGAGUAUCAUCAAAUGUAUGAAAGUCAUGUAAUCGCUACUGCCAGAAUCGAUAAUAAAACAUUCCCAUCACCUAAAAGUUUUUCUUGUUCCCCUUUAUGGUCAAUCCCCUGCCCACCCCCACAUCUCCCCAACUCUCCAUUGGCAACCAUUGAUCUGCUUUUGGUCACUAGUGUUUUGCCUUUUCUAGAAUUUAAAAUAAAUGGAGUCAUAUGUAGCCUCUUGUGUCUGACUUCUUUCUCUAAACAAUGGUUCUGAGAUACUUAUGUUGUUGCAUGUAUCAGUAGUUAGAACCUUUUUUAAUGUUAGUAGUAUUGCAUUGUAUGGUUAUACCAGUUGUUUGCCCACCAGUUGAUGGACUUUGAGACAUUUUCAGUUUUUUUUUACUCAUAAAUA